AUGCCUGAAGCAACGAAUCUCAAGGGAAAGGUUCCUGCCACCUCAUCUCCAACGCAGACGCCCCCGUUCACUCCGACCAACGAAAAUCCUCUACAUGGGAUGGCAUGGGGCCAAGCAGAAGAGUUUGCGCGGCUCUUUGUUGAAGCAGUGCGCAUUGCCGCUGCGUCUGAGCCCAAGGAAGAAGCCUCAACAUCUGAACCAAGCAAGCCGCCCACGUCCAAGUCUAAAGAGAUUCCAAUGGGGUCUAUACCCGAUUUCAAGCGGGUUGACCCAUUUGCAGCUGGGAUAAGGCAACGUCAAAGUUUAAGACGAGAGAAGCAGUGGAAGAGAAGGGCAUUGACGAGCUUGAUCAGUACGCCUUUGUCGUCAGAACUCAAACUGCAAAGGGUUACUGUUCGCGUCAACUCAGAAUUCAUUCGAAAAGCCCUGCGACAUGUUAUGGGCGCUGCAAAUGCUAUUGGCUUGCAAGAAGAUAAGCCUAUUAUUGAUCAGAAGCUCCUGUAUAACUUUCUCCCUGACCUCAAGAGAUAUAAGGCGAGAGCAGCGGGUGCCCCCGAAGACAAGCUAAAACACAUAUCUCUGUUUGUCAACUUUAUCACUCGCACAUAUCAGUCAGUGACCGAGCAACUCCUACCGCAAUUAAAAGCUGGACAAAUCGCUUGGGACUUGCUCUGGGCUGUCAUGAAGCCUGGAUGUAUCCUAUAUGCCACAUGCUUCGGGACAGAGAAGCCUCGAUGUGUGGUGUUAAAUGCUGUCGAACAGAAGGAAAAACACACAGGUGUUGAGUAUUAUGAACUCAGCUGCAGCUACAUUGACUGUGACAGAAAAUCUCUUGGAAAAUCUGGUAUUCAUCUGAUAAUUGAAAAAUUCUCAGGUCUGCAAGCCAUCCAUGCACUGCCAGUGUUUCCGCUUGAAUACCACCCUCAGCACACAAGAUUAAGGCAAAACCUUAUCGAAUGCGGGAAGAAAUUCUGUCAAUUAGUGGGAACACACAUCCAGCAUUGUCAUGGAAUGGCCUUUUCCAUGCACAAAGGGGAGCCUAUGCAGGUGAAGGUCAACAGCCGUAUCGGCAUCGAUGCCGCAUUCUUCUAUGAAAUGAACCCGAAUUACUACCGCCCGCGCGUUGAGGCGUCCAGCUCGAUGAGGUCUGAUACGGAUGGAAAUAUUUGGUUCAACUUGGACAAACUUGAGAACAAGCAGCGGAUGAAAGAGAAAGAGAAAUUCAAGAGUACUGAUACUAACAACCCCAGCAUGACUGAUGAUGAUUAUUUGAUAUGCUGUCCCUCGGUUCCUGGUUUUAGUUUCAAGAAUAAUGCUUUCUAUGAGUUUGCUGUAGAUGACAUCCACAAUAUCAAGUGGUCACCCAGUCUUUUUAAGAGCUUGACUAUUCCAGACGACAAGAAGCAUACUCUAAUGACACUCACGAAGACCCGGUUGAGGAUUGUCCCCUUUCUUUCAUUUGAUGACUUUGUCAAGGGCAAGGGACAGGGCUUGAAUGUCCUUCUGUUUGGCCCCCCGGGUGUGGGCAAGACCUUGACUGCCGAGGCCAUGUCUGAGCAUUUUAAGCAACUACUUCACCCAAUACCUGCUGCCCAGCUCAUCAUGAACCCUGAUAAAGUCGAGGACAAUCUCACUUGCAUCUUUCAAAUUGCUAAGUGGUUCAACACCCUUCUUCUACUGAAUGAAGCUGAUGUCUUCCUCGAACAUCAGGCGUCUAUCAAUGCCCUCAAGGACGCUAAUGUUACAAUAUUUCUUCGCAAGCUGGAGUAUUUCCAGGGAAUCUUUUUCCUCACAACAAACAGGGAAACAGAGUUUGAUGAGGCAAUUCUUAGCAGGAUUCAUUUGAAAAUCAAAUACGAAAAACUGAGCCAACAUCAAAGAAAGGACAUACGGGCGAGUUUUACCACCCGCGCACGUACGCAUCAAGGACCAGCGGUUAUGAGCGAUCACGACUUGGAUCGCCUCGCGAUUUUGAACCUCAAUGAGCGGGAGCUGUUCAGCGGCGUCCCAUUGACCUUUAUGCCUGUACAUCAAUGCCAAGUUGGCCAUGCUGAUCAGUGUAGAAGGAUGGUCGGCUCCGAGUUUCUUAAGACCAAUGAUGAUAUCGAGGUGGUUGACAUGACCAUCAAACCUGACACUCCUCCCCGGAGACCCAAAAAGUGGCCAAGGAUGAUGAGGCAGCAGUCUUCACCAGUGAAACAUCGCUACGCAUCAAGGGGCCGCGCCCAAGCUGAUCAAGAUACUCGAUGUUGGCAAUACCGGGGCCUCAUUACUCGGGGACCAAAGGGUUUGAAGACUACUCUAAAGCGUGGCAGGUAUGGUGGUAUUAAAGCUGGAUCUACGUGCACGGGAGCGUAUUGAGUGUCAUGCUUCCUCUUCCCCCUGGCUGUGCCCAGUUCACUGCGGUUACACCAUCACCAGCGCUAUCCACGCCGUAGCCUUACCCCCGAUAGCAGCACGAGUGCCCGCCCCAGUUCCCUACAACACCUUGCUACAUGAAAGACUCACACAUCCAGGUUAUGAUGGCCUGGAUUGAGCCUGGAGAAGAAAAGCCGCAAAUACAAGAUGUCUUGAAGCUGAAAUGUGCAAACAUAUGCUUGAAACCCAAAAAGAACAUUGAAAAGAAAAUCUAAGAAUGCUCAAAUCAAUUAUGCCUCUGCUGCAACUCCCUUACAUCUCUUUCCAACUCACGAAGCUGCAUGUCUUGCUUCUGUACUUGAACCCAUAACCGCGCAACCUCUUCUUUUAAAUCAUAUAUAUCUGAUGAACCUUCAUCCCCCAGGGAAGGCUGUGGGUUGUUCAACUCCCGCUUUCACUUUAAUGUGAGAGGCACUGGAAGUAUGAGAAGCAUGGCAUCUGGCUUCAGUUCCGGACCCAAAUUCGGCUUGCAUUCAGGGGUUCAGCGUCCAUCAUCUCUGUGUAGACAUUGGAGGUGUUCAUUCAAAUUUUCUUUCCUUGUAAAACCCUUUCCGGAGCUCCUGUUACACUGAGGAAAGGGACACAUGAGUGGCUUCCCUGAAGUGUGCAUUCUAUGCACCUCUCGUUGAUGAGAUCCCAUCUCUCUCCUUUAUGUGAGUCCCUAAAAGAUAAAAUGCGCCGCUGACCAGGUGCAAGCUGCCUGUUAUCAAGGUUUGCAUGCUGUUGUUUAAAUCUCCAGUUGUUCUAGCUUGAUGUAAAGCUCCCUCAAUUGUUCUCUUGCAUGAUACUGUUGCAGCGGCAUCGAAUUUUCUCCAAAAUUCGGCAUAACUUUCUUGAAUAUCAGCAGAAAAGCGGUUAGUCGAAUUUUGAUCUGAGAGUGAAUUAGUCUACAUAUAUACUGUUGAAAGAUAGGUUAUACCAAUCCUUGUUCGGCCAUCGCGAAAUUCAUCAUACAAACUUAGAAUAACAUGUUGCACCCGGAUAUUGUUCUCAAACAAUGACAUAGCAAUGCUACGCAGAAGAGCUAUGCCAUCUCGAUCUGAAAAAUGACUGAAAAUAAGAAUGCGCGCUGGGCUGGUGCUGCUAAGAAUGGUUAGCAUACAUUGCACAUGAUGCAGAUAAAACAAAAUCACCUUGAGUGCUCUAUGACUCGCUCAACAAACCACUCCGCUGCAUAACGCACACUUAACUCAGUGUGUGCCCUGUCAAGAAACCACUGAUGAUUCCGAUCACUAAUUUGCUGAUAUCGGCCCGGCCAGGAGAACUGCUUAAUACCACAAUCAAUCACAUCAUCCAUGCUUCUCUGCUCUUUUAAUGCCUUUGCAGACAACCAAGCGCGGGCCACGGCAACAGCCAAAGAGCAGUUGAUUUUUUAUGCUUUAGGCUGGAGAGCCGCUACAUCAGUUGAAAGCAUGCUGUCAAAAUCAACAAACUUUACCAUGACUUGUUUUUCAGUUGCUCUCUGUUGAAGGACUGUUGCAACUGCUGGUUCCUGAGUGCUAGAAAAGGCCAGACUUCCAGAUUUGAAUAUUCCUUCCUUAUGCCAAGCAAUAUCUUUAAUGGUUGGCCCAAGUAAUCUAACAUGGUCCAUUGAGAUUGAGGUGAUCACUGUAACAAUCGGCACGGUGAUAAUAUUGGUUGCAUCAAAUUCACCACCAAGAUGAGUUUCAUAGAUUGCCACAUCAACCCUCUCCUGAAUGAAGACAUGAAAAGAGAGAAGCGCUAGAAGCUGAAGGUAAUGAGGAAUGUCUAGACUGGGUGUCGCUUGAUAGAGUAGCAUAUCCCAGACCUUGAAGAAAUGAAUUGCGAAAAGAUCCUGCGAUAUUAGCUCAUCAUUAAUGCGGAUCCUUUCACAUAUAUUUAUCAUAUGCGGUGAUGUGUAUAGCUCAAUUUUUCAUGAGGACCUGAACUUCUUUCCAUGCGCUUUGAGAAUUGAUGCGACAAAUGCACAGGUACUACCUUUGCCUUUUGUUCCUGCAAUGUGAAUGAUAUUCAAAUGGUUCAAAUCUUCAACCUAAGUUUUCAAUCAGCAAGGUGCAUGAAGGUAGGAUGUCUCAACCUACCGAGUGCCCCAGAAGGGCCAACCAUGCUACCAUAUCAUCUGAACCCUGCAUCUCAUUUAAGCUGCGCUUCGCGCGGGACCGCCUGCUAUUUAAGCAGCGGAUGGCUUUCUAUACUAGCUUAGUACACAACACAAUCAAUUUCAAACAGAUGUCUAACCUCAUAUCUCUCCAUAAUGGUGACCUUUGACGCCCAUAUUGGAUAAAUGGUUGGGUUUUAUUCUUGGUGAUGCAAUCUGCCAAGAGAAAUCAGGCUAAAAAUGGCCCGUCUGGCUCUGCCGAGUCACGCGGGUAUGACGCCCAAUAGGCGGCUGGGAUGAUAUGUCACAUGGUAUCUUACAGCUGUAGGAGCGGAAGAGGCGCCGAUACUCAGUGCAUGCAUUGCAGAUUGCCGAUUUGCCCAAUUAUCUAGAUGGCUCAAGAAAUAUGUUCCAAGUCCAGGUAUGAAAUGUUGUUCCUUCCGCCUCAAGCGGAUCUCUCUUGCUAAGUUCAAGAACUUCCACCCCUCAAGUUGAUUCCUCAGCGAAAAAUUUAUCUUGGAGGAGAGGAGGUAAAUGACGGCUGAAUAGAAGCCAUCCGGUAGAAAGGUGUUGCUGUACUUUUCAAUGAGAUGCCUCGCGGUUUCCAGAGUCUUUUCAGCAUCCAUCCAGCACUCUUUGCCUUCAAAAAAAUGGGUGAGGCUGAUCACUGAGCGCAUGUGACCCACUUCAUUGGAUACAUCAAGGCUGUCCAUCUUCUCAUAAAACUCGAUCAGCGGAGAAAGAAGAGACCAGGCCUCAUCAUGCCUACUUUGCAUGGUAUAGGCUUCCGCCAAAGGGAGAGCAAGACAUCAAAAAGCUCUGGAAUGUUGCUCGCCAUCGGCCUCCAACUGUUGGACUUCUGCUCAUACCAACUUUUCAGCACUCUCCGGAUCUCUUAGCUCACAAUACACAUCCGCCAGGUGGUGCAUUAUAUGAUAACAGCUAGCGCCUCGCUGUGUCAUUUCAAGACACUGUUUAAGAGGAUCACAUGCAUCUUCGAACUGCCCUUCGUAUCUUAAUAACCUGCUGAGGGCCGUGGUUUUCAAUCGAACCACUCUAAGCUCCAACCCUGAUGACAGUGCUGAUGAUGACUCUAACCUGGGCUCCCAACUCCCAAGACACUGCUUGCCUAUACCAAACUCCUCACACAAAAUCGCGUUUUCUGCCCACGACAAUUGUAAACAACCAUAGCCACAAUGAACCCUUAUGUCCGCCGAGCCCUUAGGAAUUUCUUCUAAUAUGUCCUGUAUCACAAUGUCGGAUCCAUCGUGGUCAUCAAUAGACCUCAAACAGACACUCUUCUGGAAUGCUAUGGCCAUCCGUAGGUGAUUCGGCAGAUGACAAUCCUGUAGUCUCAAAGUUGAAAUUAAGCUGAGAGCAUGAGAUUUAGGGAGCAAUCUACAAGCCGCUAGAGUGGCUUUCACAAAGGUACCAUGGACUGAUUCCGGAAGACUGGGACACCUGUCAUCAAUGUAUCACCACAUACAUUUCAUAUAGGGCAAUAAGAGUUUUCCAAUGCGAUGGUAGCUAAGGUUUUAUCAGUCAAGCUCCAUCAAAGGGCUGGGUAAUAAACUCACAAGGCUUUCAAAAUCUCAUCCUGGGGAUAGAUGUGGGAUACAAAUAUCAAUCCAAGUCGGUCCAUCUCAUCAGCCUUGAAGGACUGUAAGAUUUGAUGCUGGGACUGAUUGAUAAUUGAGUAAGCCAGUGAACCGUCAGGUGAUUUGUUCAAUGCAAUACACCCAUGCUGAACACAAAAGUCGAUGGCCUGUUGAAUGACAGAUCAGCCUGAUAACAGUUGAGCUAACUUCAAAUUGAGAUCACCAUCUUGCAAUGAGACUUCCUGUACAUUUCCAUCAACAUUUCAACAUUUCUGUGCUUCAAGCCCGCGAAAGAGGAUAUCCUGUUGAAUUUGCGAGCAGCCAAGGGCAUAAAGAAGGAAUAACAAAGUUCUCACACCGCUUGCAUCGCCAUCACUGAGUACUGAAUGUGACAGAUUCUCCAUACGGCAUGGAUGUUGGGACACUUGGCCACAUCAGCGUUUUGGGUGAGUGCUUCUCUGCUCCAGCUGGCUGUGCUUCCGGGGUGGUUGGGUCACAAUUACUGUCACAAUAUUGUUAUUAACCCCGGCACUUGUGCUUCAUCUGCAUAAAUCCCAGAAUAGCUUACCUACUGCUGUCUCAAGCGGAUGCACUUGCCCUUCUGAAUGUUGGUUGAGAAACUGGAAGUCACUGUAAAAGCUGUGCAGAUAUUGAAUCACCCUUUCCGCAGCAACAUUAGCACUGAUAUAAUUCAGAUCAUCCCCGGUCACAUUCUCAGAUGCGGCCUCUUCAAUGCCCCUAUCAUUCAACAAUUUUAUACAGGCCUCACGCACAGGUCCUGUUUUCGGAAGAUGAUGGUCCCAGCUGCGAAAGUUAGAAAAAUGACACUCUAGGUUGCAAAAUGAUUAAACCUACAGUGAAUCCCCUGGUUCAUCAGGAAGACAACAGAUGCCGCCGUACCCUAUUUCCUUUGCCAACAGGUUGAUUCAUUUGGAUUUAUUAAUCCAACCAGGAAGUUCCUUGCGGAUUUCAUCUUUGUGCUGCAGGCUUAAGCUGGAAUUUGAGAUAAUAGUAAUAAGGUCCUCGCGGGUACCAUUCCUCAGGAGUGCAUGAUUAAAUCUUUCCAAUAGCCCAGCGAUUGAAAUCAACAAAAGCC